AACGUAAACAAAAAUCGAUACAAUUCGCUAAAAAUACAACUUUUUUUACGUGAAUUUUUCUAGGAUUUUUACAAGAGCAUUUUUUUUUUUACCACGAUUUCUUGUACAGUUAUAAAAAAUAAGAACAAUUAUAAUAAUAGGAAGAAAUUAAAUUUGAUAAAAUAUGCACAGUUUAGGGAAGACACCAGCAACACCAGCACAGAGGCAAUCACAACAAUUUCGGCAGCAGCCAACUCCGCCUACUGAUAUACAACAGAGGCAACAGCGUAAGGGGGAUGAGAACAUUAAAAAAGAAAUGAUCCGACAGCCGCCCAAUAGUUUGCCAUUGCGUAGCGAUAAUUUAACAAUAACAAAUACAAGAUCUAGCUCUUUGGAAGAUCACACAGAUCCGGAUGGGCGUUAUCUAUGCGCUAUAUGUAUUAAUUGGUUAAACGAACCGGUCUUAACUUCGUGCGGUCAUCGUUUUUGCAAAUCCUGCUUAAGCUCUUGGCUUGGCCCCGAACGACAAUGGUGCCCAAUGGAUAAUGAGAAAAUCAGCGGCGAUCAAGAUGUAUUUCCGGAUAACUUUACGCGACGCGAAAUCGAGCAAAUUAAGUUAAAAUGUCCCAAUGCCAAUUUGGGUUGCGAUUUGGUGGCGUCACCAAUCGAAGUGGAACGUCAUCGUUACAAUUGUCCAUAUCGUACUAAUGAGGAUUCUGCUGAGGAGAAAUGCCCAUUUGCUUCUAUAAAAUGCGAUUUUGUGGCACGUCCUGAAACGAAUGGCUUAGAGGUACAUCUUAAAGAAGAAAUGGCUUUGCACAUGCAAUUGCUGCUUAAAGCUUUUCAGCAAACGGCCAUAUCGACUUGGAAUCCUCAAAAGCCAAAAAAAAUUGCAGUACAAACUAACGGUUAUACUGAGAAUCCACAAUUACCGCCUCCUCCACCUCAAUAUGCUAAUGGAGCCGAGGAACAACUUAUACAAGCGAUGUACCAACGUAUCGUAAUUUUAGAGCAACGAUCCUGUGAGCAGGCAGUAAAAAUUGAAAAUUUAACCAAACUAUUGCAAAAUCAGCGGCAACAAAUCGAUCCACGCUACAGUGGCGGUACCAUACUUUGGGAAAUUAUAAAUUUUCAAAAAUUGAUAGAACAUUUGCGCGCCAAUGCCAAUAAUUUGGUGUAUUCACGCGAAUGCUUUACUUCACCUUACGGAUAUAAGUUCUGCGCUCGUUUGAAUAUACAACCGAAACAUCAGCACUUACUUAGCUUGCACGUGCAUCUAAUGCAAUCCGAAAAUGAUUAUCACCUGGAUUGGCCAUUUAACGGACGUAUAAAACUCUGUAUGAUACAUCCACGAGAUGCGAAACUCUCACAACACGAUACCAUAAUGACGAAACCAGAAAUUUUAGCAUUCCAUCAGCCUCGUGAACGGAUCAGUACGCGUGGGUUCGGCUUUGUCGAAUACGCAAAUGUUGGGGAAAUUAUAAAAAAAGGCUUCUGCGAAGACGAUCGUUUGGUUAUAAAAAUCGAGAUAAACAUUGUUUAAAAGGAAAAGAGAAAGUAAAGAAGAAGAAAAGCCACAAUUAAAACAAAAAACUAAUUGCAAGAUGCGGUCUAAAGUCUUCCAGUACAUUUCGACGAAGGAGGAAGAAGGAGGAGGAGAAUAAACCGUGAAGUAAACCAGACGAAAGGAACUAAUUACAGGAAGUUUUGUAUACAGAUAGAAAACAAACACAUGAAAAAAACCUUUAGAGAAGAGCUUUACGUAAAAAACUAAAAAAAAAAAAAAACGAAAGCAUUUUUAAAGAUAAUGCAUCAUAAGACAAUGUAAUGCAUUUAUCGCAAACUCGCUUAAGCAAAUCUAUUCCUCAUUUCACACUAUCUGUCAUAAGUAUAUUUAUGUUAAUAUAAAUUCG